CCCUGGCUCUUUUUUAGUUUUUGUAUUUUAAAUCUGAGUUCCAGAAAAUCUUAAGGAAAGCGCCGAAAUAAGAGCACCUCAUGGAGAUCAGCAUCAAGUGGAGCAUGUGCCGCACCUGCAGGGCCGAGCGGUGCUCCACACUCCAGCCGCUCUUUGAAUCCGAAGCCGUCAAGCAUUUAAAUCAGCACGCCGGUCUGCUGGUAAAACAUGACGAUGGCUUGCCCGAUAAAAUUUGUGCAGACUGCGUUGACAAGCUGGAAAUGGUCCAUCGCUUCAUUGGGAUGUGCAGGCAUUCCGAUGAGCACCUAAGGAAACUCGUGAGCAAAACGUUGUCCUCGGCUGCAAGCGUCGCUGAUGGAUCCCCUCCAAACCAUAGAAAGCGUGCCAGAAAGCAAGAGCUCAGUCCACAGACACACAACUUUUUUCCGGUAGACGAUACCACCGGAAAACCCCUGAAAAGAGAGGUAAACCCCGAGGAACUUGAAGGGAAAUCGGAAAUGGAAGAGAUUUUAGAACCCUUGGAUAAGACUCACUUGAAUCAAGAAGAGGAUAGUACUCAAGUCUUCGUUUUAAAUACGGAACUCGAUAAAUCCAAUGAGGAAUACAUCAUUAUAAAUGAGGAAUAUAGGAUCAAUGACAAUGACUUUGAGGCAACCUCCUCGCAGGGCAGUCCCAUAGCCAUACACAACGGAGAGUACCCUCAAGAGGCCAGUGAAGAGGACAGCCUGGCCCAAAAGUCAGAUACCAACUCGGAGGACCAGCCCAAGUGUGAAAUCUGCAACAAGACGUAUUCCAAUCCCUCCCAGCUCAAGUCCCACAUGCGAAAUCAUCUCACCGAAAAGAGUUACGAAUGCGAGGUAUGCAGCAAGCGCUUCAAUGCCGCCUGCAAUCUGACCUCUCACAUGCGCAUCCACACGGGCGAGAAACCCUUCGAAUGCGCUUACUGCUCGCGCCGAUUUGCGGAUCACAGUAGUCAUCGCAAGCACGAAAGGAUACACACAAAUGAGCGCCCCUAUGCCUGCAACAUUUGCGGAAAAACCUUUGCCUUGUCCACCUCUCGCAAGGCUCACUAUAUGACGCACUCCUCCGAUAGACCCUACAAAUGUCAGCCCUGCUCGAAGUCAUUCCGCCUGAAGCAUCAGCUUACGGCGCACGAGAAGACAGAUGCGCAUCGCCUGGGCAGCGCCGGGUUUGUCCACAGCAGCUAGCUAAUAAAAAUACGAUAAGUUAUGGUAAACAA